AUGAUAAGCACCACAAACGAACUUGCGCAAAAAUCCGUUAAAUUUGGAUUAGCCACUCCUCAAGCCUAUGCUGUUCUUCCCGAAGUGAAUAGAGCAAAUAUAGUACCAUCGUUUGCUCCCAGAUCCUCCCAAGAGAUGAGCUCCCAUCAGCAGUGGACUAGUAGUCAUCAAGGAGAAUUUGAUAUGGGACUACCCGCCAAUUCGACACAGCUCGCUAGUAGAUAUUUAUCACCUAACCCGAAUCAAAUUCCACUAUCACCGCAAAUUGCUACUAACAAUCCCAGCAGCCGAAAUGCCCAGUUGCCAUCUCCGAGCAUGGCCGAAUGGGGAACACACACGCACAGUUCCAGCCACUUCGCAGCACCUACGAAAACUCAGCUAGCAGCGCGGCAUGUGAUGUCUAGAGACUUACCACACUUCUCCGGUGACCCACAUGACUGGCCGUUGUUUUAUAAGUCGUUCUGCAACAGCACAGCCGCAUGUGGACUUUCAGAUGCCGAAAAUCUGGAUCGACUGCAAAAAUGUUUGAAAGGUCGUGCUCUUGAGGCGGUGCGAAGUAAACUAUUGAUCCCUGACUCAGUUCCUCAAGUGAUGAAUACCCUCAAGAUGUUGUUCGGACAGCCUGAGAUUAUUCUCUUUACUGUCCUGAAAAAGCUCAGAGAAACCCCCGGGCCGAAAUACGAAAAUCUCCAGUCGAUUAUAACGUUCGGGUUAGCAGUUCAAAAUGCUGUGGAUCAUAUGGUAACUGCAGAUUUGACUGACCAUCUUUUUGAUCCGAUGCUGUUGUAUGAAUUGGUAGUAAAAUUACCAACUCCCUUAGCAAUCGAGUGGGGUCGUUUCAAACGGCAGCAUAACUUUGUUAACCUGGCCGUUUUCAACAAGUUCAUGUCUGAGCUGGUAACCGUGUCUUCCGAUAUUAGUAUUCCCAUCCCAGUCUCUAAAGAAAAACAUGCUAAGAGCUUUUCGGAGAAAUCGAAAUUGUAUGUGCACUCUGAGAAUAGUACCAUCAACAGUGACCAAAGCUCCAGCCAGGUCUUGAGAGGAAAGCACACAGUUAAAACUACCAACCCUAAAGCUCAAAUUGAGAAAACAUGCGUCUAUUGCCAGAAUCCAUCACACGAAAUCGCAAAAUGUCAAGAAUUUAUAUCUCUGGAUCUGGACAGGAAAUGGUUCUUCGUUAAGCAGAAACAUCUUUGUUACCUCUGUUUAGUUCCACACAAAAGAUGGCCUUGUAGAUCCGGUAAGGAAUGUGGCAUUGGAGGAUGUAGGUUACGACAUAAUGUUUUACUGCACGCCGAUCGAAACAGUACCAACAAUAGCAACAUCUCCACUAGUGAUAGCGCUCUCGCUCAACAAAACCAUCAUCAUUCUUCUAUAUCAUCUGCUCUUUUUCGAUACUUACCGGUUGUCAUUGAAGGCAGAAACAGAUCCAUCGAAACCUUUGCCUUCCUUGACGACGGUUCGUCCUCCACGCUUUUGGAGGCCAACAUCGCGAAGGAACUUGGUAUUGAAGGUACCAAGGAGACCCUAUGGCUUAGCUGGACAGGUAAUGUGUCACGCGAAGAAAAGGGUUCGCAGCGAGUCUCGGUUUCAAUUCGUGGUAAAGGGUGUAAAACACGAUACGAAAUUGGAAACGUCCGAACAGUGAGUCAGCUGAAACUAACCAGUCAAACCAUCGAUUACGAGGAUUUGCAAAAACGUUACCCGCACUUGAAGGGAUUACCUGUGAUGAGCUAUGCUGCAGCAACACCAGGUAUCAUAGUGGGACUCGAACAUGUCAGCUUGUUGACCCAGCUAAAGGUGAGAGAAGGCGGACAGCAUGAUCUCGUUGCCGCUAAGACGCGGCUUGGGUGGUGCAUAUUUGGUAAACAAGGUUCGCUAAUAAAACCUUAUCAACAACUUCACGUACACAGCGAUAUAGAGAAUGAGAAUAAAGAGUUUCAUACUCUUUUGGGAAAGUUCUUCGGAGUAGAAGAGGCGUUCGUAAGCAUCAAGCCAGAAUCGAAAGAGAAUAAGCAAGCACUAGACAUCCUUGCCCGAACCACACGACGAGUAGAUGGGCACUUCGAAACAGGAUUGCUGUGGAGAUUUUCAAAACCAAAUCUUCCCAACAGCUACCCAAUGGCUAUUCAAAGAAAUCGAUCUUUCGAAAAGCGUCUUUGCAAGAAUGAUUCUUUGAAAGCAGCUGUGGAGGAGCAAAUCGAAAAUUACCUUGAAAAAGGGUACGCUCACCUGAUCACGAAAGAGGAGCUAGCAUCGUCGGACAAUAAUCGAGUGUGGUAUUUGCCUUUGGGAGUUGUGUGUAACCCGAAAAAGCCGGGCAAAACUAGAUUAAUUUGGGAUGCGGCUGCUCGAGUAGAUGGUACUUCUCUCAAUGAUUUAUUGCUUCCGGGGCCCGACUUGUUAGUUUCUCUUCCGGCAAUAUUGCUUCGUUUUCGGCAGAGGAAUGUCGCUGUGUGUGGAGACAUCAAAGAGAUGUUCCACCAGAUAAGGAUAAGGGCAGAAGAUCGCCAAGCGCAGAGAUUUAUUUACCGUAAAGCUAUUGAGGAUCCUAUUCAAAUUUACGUCAUGGACGUGGCAGUUUUUGGUGCUUCGUGUUCACCGUGCAUAGCACAGUUUAUAAAGAAUUAUAACGCAAUUGAACACUCAAAACAAUUUCCCGAGGCUGCUCAUGCAAUCGUUAAUGACCACUACAUGGACGAUUACAUGAAAAGUGUGGAUUCGGUGGCGGAAGCAGUGAAAUUAGCCAACGACGUCAAAACGGUUCAUGCAAUGGCUGGAUUCGAGUUACGUAACUUCAUAUCGAACUCCUCAGAAGUGAUGAGAGAGUUAGGAGUGACAAGCUGUCCGGAGAUGAAAUCCCUGAGCCUAGAGCCAGGACUGGCCGAACCCGAGAAACCUGAGAGAGUUUUAGGCAUGACGUGGCGUCCUGGUCAGGAUGUCUUACUUUCGAUACGAGCCUUCAUCAAAAUGUUGCGGAGUUACUAA